AGUAUUUUGGUUCGAAAGAUAAACAGUGAGGAGAAUUUUUUCAUAAAAAUUCUAUUUUUUUAAUUCACGGAAAAGUUCCACGCGUACAAAACACAUCAAAAACAUGGGAAACAAGAGCUCUUUGUUGUUACGAAAGGAGGAAAUCGCCCAAAUCCAAGAAGAAAGCGGAUUUACGCCGAACCAAAUUGAGCGAUUGUAUUCGCGUUUCACGGCUUUGGAUAAAAAUGACUGCGGAACGUUGUCUCGCGAGGAUUUUCUCCGGAUUCCCGAGUUGGCAAUUAAUCCGUUAUGUGAUCGCAUUGUGCAUGCCUUCUUUGCCGACAGCAACGAUGAUCGCGUCAAUUUCCGUCAAUUCAUGAAGGUCCUUUCGCUGUUCCGGCCCAUCAAGCAUGGCAAGGAAAAUCGCAUGAAUAGUCGCGAGGAGAAACUCCGUUUUGCCUUCAAGAUGUACGAUUUGGAUGAUGACGACAGCAUUUCGCGCGACGAAUUGCUGAAUAUCCUUCAUAUGAUGGUUGGAGCGAAUAUUGCCGAAGAUCAGCUAAUUAGUAUUGCGGAACGGACAAUUUUGGAGGCAGAUCGCAGCGGAAACGGCAAAAUUGCAUUUGACGAUUUUUGUGCGGCACUUGAGCGAACCGAUGUUGAGCGGAAAAUGUCGAUUCGUUUCUUGAACUAGGGUUGGCUUGCGGGUCAUCAAUGGUGUUUUGGCGAAUGAAUGCGCAUUUAGAAGCCAGAUAGACCCCUCUUAACUUGUAACUUUUAAGUAUUUUACGUCGCGAAGGCCUUUAAUUUAACAUUUUAAACGAAUUCAAAUCGAAUUCGAACGAAAAAAAAAUUCUUAACAAGUGAGUUUAUGGAAUAUUUUUGACUGUUCAAAAGUUUGAAAUUUUCAAGAAUUAAAAAAAAAAUUACUUUUAAAAAUUUUUUUUCUUUCAAAUUUUUUUUUUUUUAUUUUUAACGAUAUGUAGGUAUCAAGAAAAUUCUAAAAAUUUCAAAAAAAAUUUUUUUUUUUUUUCAAAAAUUUCAUAAAUUUUUUUUUAAAUUUGUUUUCAAAAAAUUUUAAACGAUAUGUAUCAAAAAAAAUUUUAAAAAUUUAAAAAAAAAUUUUUUUUCAAAUUUCAAUUUUUUUUUUUCAAAAAAUUGUUAACGAUAUGAUCAAGAAAAUUUUAAAAAUUUCAUACAAUUUUUUUUUAAUUUUUAAAAAUUUUUUUUUUUUCAAAAAUUUCAAAAAAAAAUUUUUUUUUUAUAAAAUUUCGCCUUUACAAAUUUUUGAACACUCAAAAUUAUUCUAUGACCUUAAAAAGCACAUAAUUGGAACAAAUCUAACGAUAUGUAUAAAAACAGUGCAAGCACAUUCCCAAAAAAAAACUGUUAAAAGUUAAAAAAAAAUUGUAAAUUAUCUGCUUUUAUUGUAUUGUACAUAAGAUAAAAUUA